AUGGAUUCCGACGCCGACUCAACGAAGCUGUCACUGGAUGGCAAAGCAGAAGCCGUCCAUCAAGAGCAUCUCGGCGAUGAGAGUCCAGACGACUCGAUUGAGAUGACCGACCCGGGAAAGACUGUCUGGUUAAUUGCCUGUACAGUGUCCAUGGGAGGGUUCCUGUUCGGGUACGACACUGGCGUCAUCUCUGCUGUACUGGUCAGCCUGGGAACAGAGCUGGGCAAAGCCCUAUCCUCUAGCGAGCAAGAGCUGAUCACUUCCAUCACCUCCGGAGGCGCUCUGAUCGGCGCAGUGCUAGCCGGUCUAACGUCUGACAAGUACGGACGCAAGCUCGGCAUCUACGUGGGCUGUGCGCUCUUUGUUGUUGGCACCGUGAUCCAGGCCGCUGCGUACUCCAUAGCCCAAAUGACGGUUGGACGGCUGAUCGUUGGGUUUGGUGUCGGCAACGCCGCCAUGAUCAUCCCGCUGUAUAUCGGCGAGAUGGCGCCUGCUCGAUUCCGCGGCCGGUUGAUCGUCUUCGAUAAUCUCUGUGUGGCGUUCGGUCAGUUUGUGUCAUACGCACUCGGCGCUGCGUUUACGGAUGUAACUCAUGGCUGGAGGUACAUGGUCGGUAUCGGGGCGAUUCCAGCCCUGAUGCUGGGCGCCGCAAUGCCUUGGUGUCCCGAGACUCCUCGCCAAUUGAUCUCGCAUAGCCGUGGCGAAGAGGCACGGCAAGUGUUGAAACGGAUCUUCCCACAAGCCACCGAUCAGCAGGUCGAUGCAAAAGCCCGGCUGAUUCAGCAUUCUAUUGAAGAAGCGGCGGUGUCUGUCUCGGAGAGGAGCCUUUGGUGGCAGAUGAAGCAGCUCUUCACGGUGCGCGAGAACGUGCGCGCCCUCGUCACGGCCUGCAUGGUCAUGGCCAUAUCCCAGCUGGGCGGGUUCAACACGCUCAUGUACUAUUCCGCCACGCUUUUCUCCAUGGUAGGCUUCAACAAACCCACCGCGGUGUCGAUGGUGGUUGGCGCGACGAACUUUCUGUUCGGCUUCGCCAAUUUCUUCUCCAUCGAUCGUUUUGGCAGACGCGUGGUCCUCUUGAUCACUUCCCUCUCUCUAGUAGUCGCCGCCAUUGCCUUCCACUGGAUUCCCGUCAACCACGACCUCACCGUAGUCCAAACGCAACAAAUGAGCUGGGCCAGUAUCCUCCUUCUUGUGACCAUCAUCAUCUACGUCGCCUUCUUCGCCGCCGGCGUCGCCCCAAUCGCAUGGGUUGGCACGGAGUUCCUCCCGCUGGAAGUCCGCGCGCUCGGCACGAUGAUGAACACGGUGACCUGCUGGGGCUGCAACAUUAUCAUCUCGUCGACGUUUCUGUCGAUGAUGAAGGCCAUGACGCCGAGCGGGGCGUUUGGUUUCUAUGCUGGGAUUUGCUUUGUCGGCUGGGUGUUUGUCAUCUUCUGUUAUGCGGAGGUGCAUAAUAUGCCGCUGGAGUCGGUGCGGGAGGUGUAUACACAUGGCUUUGGGGUUAAGUAUGCCAAACAGCUGCAGAUGGAGCGGAAGCAUCGGGAAAGGCAGAAGUCGGUGGAUGCCUGA